AGAACUUUAAUAACAAUGGAGUUGCAGAAUGAGCAUUCAAUAACUAAUUUGCAGUUUAUGAAGAUUACUGGAUCUUAUCAACUUCUAAUGCCAUCACACGGCUUAACAUUUUUCAAUAUCAAUAUUUAUAAGAUUGCAUUCAUUGUUCAAAUAUUAUUCCUUACUAUUGCUGCUAUAAUGGGGGUUUUUAGCAUUUAUUCUUGUAGAAAUAAUGUAAAUCAAAUAAUUCAUUAUAUUAUAGUAAUUUUUGCUAUUUACUUCGCGAUUUAUAAGUAUUACUUUAUAAUUAAAAAUUCCAAAAUCAUUUGGGAUUGUAUGCAUAUGAUGUCCACCAAUUUUUUAUCAUAUAAUGACCAUACAAAAGAAAUAUUUAAAAUUGCUCGAACUAGAUCCUCAACGUUGAUAUUGAUUUCCCUUAGUUUGUGGUCUUCUAUUGUAUUAUAUUGGAGUUUGUCUGCAAUUUUGAUCCAUAGUAGUUAUUUAAAAAUAAAACAUGAACAUGGCAUAUAUAAAUAUCGUUCUAACGCUCUUGGUCUUGUAUUUCCAGUAACUGAUACAUUUUAUAAUAAAUAUUUUAUUGUAUUUUAUACAACUGAAUCAAUUUUUUUGCUAUUUUGGGGUCAAAUGAUGUGGGUUUUCGAUAUUCUAAUGAUUUCAAUAUGUAUAAGUAUUGAAUACCAAUUGAAGACUAUUGCUGACUCGUAUAGUUUGCUAGGGCUCAAAGAUAAACAUUUGACACAUAAUAAUAAAAGUAUCAAAAAAGUUGAAGCUAUAUUAGAUUUAGAAACACUGAUUCAAGAUCAACAAAAUAUUUUCAUAAAAAUGAAAAAUAUGUAUUAUAUACUUAAACCAGUUGUAUUUAUUCAACUAGCGGCUGAGUCAUUUCAAAUUAUUUUACAUGCUUGUAUGAUUUUAAAGCUUUAUUUUGAUGGCUCAAUGUCACCAACAAUUUUUCUAAAAUUAUUAUUUCCAGAAAUAACGUAUUUAUGUCAUUUAUUCCUCACUUGCUACUUGUUUAGCAUUGUUAAUGAACAAAAGGAGUCCAUGAACUUUGCCCUUUAUAGUAGUAAUUGGACGGAUAUGAAUAUUAAAUUCAAAAAGUUACUAUUGUUUACAAUGCGGGUGAAUAAUGCUGAGAACUUGAAGAUGAAAAUAUCAAUCAACAGAAUAGUUAAUAUGGAAAUGUUUGCGGAUGUGAUGCACAUAACUUACAGUAUAGUAUCUGUGAUGAUGAAAAGUUAUAGUAAAUAAUUAUAGAAGCUAUAAAAUAAAUGAAAUUUGGGUAUGUGUAAAAUAAAACUUAUUUGUAAUUGAUUAAAGUUUUGAAUUGAAAAUUCUAUUUGUUUAGUUAACAAAAUAAUUGAAAAUUAUAUUGUAUUUUUUUUUUAUUUUAUAAAAAUUAAUAUAUCAACAAAAA